CGAUGACUCUGGUUAAUUCAUCAAAAAGAUAUCAAGUAACUAAAUGUCCAAAAGUUUCCAAUCUCGCGUGUCAGCUUAUAACAACUUGUACCUUCGCAUUCACAUCCGCACGUAAUCAUUGUUGAAUACCGCUUACGCCGUUUAUAUCGCGUUUGAGCCUUUUUCUUCUGGCUGUGUUCUUGGUUUGUCGAAUCACCACCAACUCUGUGCUACUGUACCAAUAACUCUUAAUUCAAGCGUUUUAAACGCUUCUGCUGCCCUUAGCAUGCUGCACCAUUGUGUACUGCACAUUAUAUGUGCAUUAUUUUUCUUCCUUCCCUUAGGAGGAGCCGAUUCAAACUAUGCUAUUUCGAAACUAGGGACAGCCUCUAAAAGUCAAAAAUCACUUAUCGUUAACUUCUCAAAAUCACGUAACAUACUUCUACUGGAUGCUACCGGGACACUGCUUCUUUCUCAAGACGACGGAACUUCGUGGCAAGAUGCUGUUAGUAAUUCUGAUCCAGCAGUUGUCGAGCAACUGUACCAACAUCCUUUUGAAGAUGACAUCGUUUACGCUAUAACGAAAGAGAGUGAUAUACUCGUGAGUGAGGAUGCUGGUCUCACUUGGUUCACCGUGACUAUGCCUCCCAAGACUGUUAUUGAGGCACAACCUUUUGAAUUCAAUGCUCGUCAGUCUCAGAGCGUUAUUUUGAAUGCUGCGCGUUGUGAAAGUGGCUCUAUAUGGACGGGUGUCACUUGUUACCCGUUCACAUAUUAUACCUACGACAACUUUCGAAACUUAGACUCUGUUCAUGACUCCAUUGUAAGUUGCACUUUUGCCGUUGGCACUGUCGAAUUUGCCGGACAAGAUGAGGACCAGAUGCUUUGUCUUAUUCGUGAGAAUGAUGUUGACUUACAAGCUCCUUUCAAUCAACAACUCAUCUCAGUAUCAAAGGGUUUUGAAUCCAUUGACUAUGUGGUCUUCGACCCUUACUAUGGAUCACUCGGAACUGAGAGUGUUGUGGCCGUUGGUCAAUAUCUUGUCGCUGCGGUUGUUGAUGUUAAUUCAAAGAAGCUCAAGCUUCAUUAUUCGACUGAUGGUCAAAUUUGGGUUCCUAUAACAUUUAUAAAUGCCCCAUCAAUAGGCUCCCUUACCGUCACUCGAUCUACCUCUCUUACGCUUGGUGUCGAUGUCGAAUCUACGAAUCUGAAAAAUCCAGUUGGUGAAUUCUACACUAUAUCUCCAUCUGAUGCGUAUGCUGUGCGCCGACUGAAUGACACAAACCGUGACACCCGCGGAUAUGUGGAUGUGAUAGAACUUGACUAUCUGAACAACACAAUCCUUGCAAACACAGUUGCGAACACAGAAGACUUAUAUAAACGAGCAUCUCGCCAGAAGGAACUUGUGACGAAGAUUUCUCAUGACGGUGGUUUCUCGUGGACUCAAUUGGAACGUCCUGUUGAUUUGGAGUGUGAGGGUGAUGACGCUGAGGACUGCCACUUGCACUUGCAUCUUGGUAUUACGGAAACGAAAUUCGGUUCCCUGUCUCCCGAUCGUCUACCAGGUGUAAUCAUGGCGCUUGGAUCUGUGGGUACACACUUGCAACCUCUAAGUGACUCGGAUCUCUUUAUCUCUGAAGAUGCAGGCAGAAGUUGGUACCUUUCUUUGCAAGGACCCCAUUACUACUCAUCUUCUGCGUAUGGUAGUGUUUUUGUUGCAGUUAAGGCUAACGAAAACUCAAAACUUAUCUACUACUCCCUUGACUUUGGCCGUGAAUGGGAAUCGCUUGAGGUUGAAGCAAGCUUCAGAGCUUUGGAGAUUAUUCCACCCAAAUCAUUGGACUCGUUGACGUUCCUUAUACGCGCCAAAGUCAAAAAGGAGGAGUCUUUCAUUGCAAUUGAUUUCUCUUCUAUUCUUUCACGCGAGUGCACUUUUGACGAGAAGAAGGUUGCUAAUGGAGAUUUUGAAUUGUGGUAUCCGUUCGUCAUGGACGAUACACCCCAAUGUUUGAUGGGUCGAAUUGAAUAUUACCUACGGAAAAAGCGUGCUGUUAGCUGCGUUGUUCGUAAUGAAGUUCCCGUGCAUUCAUUUGUUGAACAAAUAUGUACUUGCGAAAGCAAAGAUUAUGAAUGCAGUACAUAUUUUGAACCAAGCGACCAUUUUACGUGUGAGGUUAAUCCUGAAAGCCUUGACCCGCUUUGCAGGGUGGACCCCGAUGCAACAUUGCAACUGAAACCAUAUCGCAUUCUUCUUGGAAAUAGCUGUGUUCCAAAGAAAAAGGAAGAAAAGGAAAAGUCGAUUUCUAUGAAAUGUCCAAAACUUGAUCAUCGUAAAGACAUCCAUAUGUAUCAUCACAAGAUCCAAGACACAAUCUCCAAUAUCGUUUAUAUGGAAGGGACCGGAGAGCCUGAUUCCACCACGGAAUUGCUCUUAACGAGCUCACAGAAAGUUCUUUUUAGUUAUGAUUUUGGCGAGGAGUGGCUUGAAUUUGAUGAAAAGAAGAAUCCAUCGUUCUAUGGAAUUUACCCUCAUGCCUUCUUAAAAGACACUGCUUUUCUUUUGACGAAAGACAGAAAAAUCUAUUUUACGAAUAAUAAGGGCCGCAGCUUCUACCGAUUAGAUGCACCUUCACCCCCGAAUGUCGUUGGUUAUCCCGUCUUCAACUUUCACUCUCUUCAUCCAAAUUGGGUUAUGUAUAUGGGCUCUGAGAACUGUGAUGACUCAUUCUAUGAAGACUGUCGAAGCGUCGUAUAUCUUUCUUUUGAUUCUGGUGCCUCUUGGCAAAAACUCCCCGAUGAACUGGAAUAUUGUUCCUGGGUAUUGGGAGAAAGAUUGCUAGUGGAAGACAAACUUUUGUUCUGUAACAGACGUCGUGCUGCUGCUGACAGUAUUGGAUAUGAUUUGGUAGCUUCCACUGAUUUCUUUGAGACCGAAGCAAGUUCUAUUCGCGAAAAUGUCCUAGGCUUCCUUCUUGCUGACGAAUAUGUGGUUAUCGCUGCUCUUACGGAUGACGAAACUUCACUUUCCAUGCACGUUUCGGUUAAUGGCCGCAAUUUUUCUCCAUGUAUCUUUCCCCAAAACAUUCAAGUGCAUUCCCAACAAGCAUACACUAUCCUUAGUUCAAAGACUAGAGCACUGUUUAUCCAUGUUACACUCUCUUCUCGAAAGGGUGCUGAGUGGGGAAGUGUGCUAAAAUCCAACUCAAACGGCACUUACUUUGUCAAUGUUUUGGAUAAAGUAAACCGCAAUGAGUUGGGAUAUGUUGAUUUUGAAAAGGUUGAGGGGUUGGAGAGUAUUGCACUCGCAAACGUUGUUCUUAAUUCAGACGAAGCCUUCAAUGGAGAAGAAAAAAGAUUAGGAACCUUAAUUACUUUUAACGAUGGAAUCGACUGGGAGAGAUUGUAUCUCAUAGACGCAAAGAAACAUUAUCCUCAUUGUGAUUCAAAAUGUUCCUUGCAUUUCCACGGUUUUACGGAAAGAAGCGUGUUUUCUGAUCCAACCUCCUCGAGUGCUGCCACAGGAAUCAUCUUUGGAAUUGGCAGUUACAGUUACUACUUGGAACCUUAUGAAACAUCUCAGACUUUUAUUUCUCGUGAUGGAGGUGUCCAUUGGGAAUUGAUUUUCGACUCACCGCACCAAUGGGCAUUCGUUGACAGUGGUUCUCUAUUGGUUGCGGUACCAUCAACGAACAAGACUAAUAUCUUGUAUUACUCUGAGGAUGAAGGAAGAAGUUGGAUUGCAUAUCAGUUCGCUGAAGAUACAUAUCUGAUUGAGGAUUUAAGCACAGCGCCUUCCGGAAACUCACAACGCAUUCUUGUGCUGGCAAAGGGAAAGAAGUCUUCAGAAACCAUCUCAUUCACCGUCGACUUUUCUCAUCUCCGGUCGCGCGUUUGUGUUUUUGACUUCAACGAUCAACGUGAUUUUGCUUCCUGGACACCAGCUGGACGUGAUGGUAAGCCUAUGUGCCUCUUUGGUCAUAAAACAGCCUUUUAUCGUCGUAAACCUGGAAGAGACUGUUUUAUCGGUAAUACUCCCUACGUGUCUGACACUAUAAUAAGCAACUGUCAAUGCACACGUAUGGACUAUGAGUGCAAUUACAACUAUGAACGGAUUGCUGGAGGUACAUGUCGUCUUGUGAGUGGUGCCGAACCGCCUCUGCAACAAGAAGAACAAUGUGCAGCUGAAGGCGCCAUUGAAUGGAUGGAACCUACAGCAUACAAGCGCAUCCCCUUAACAACGUGUGAAGGCGGACUUGUCCUAGACGAAAGCACGACGCAUCCUUGUCCAGGUAAGGAAGAUGACUACCAUAAAAUUCAUCCUGGUACCCCAGUAUGGCUUAUCAUUAUGCUUGUGCUGCUCUCUGUAUUUUUGUCUACUAUUGUUGGUGCUUGGGUAUAUACGAAGGCUCAAAGUUAUUUAGUGGGUGCUAUUCGUCUUGGAGAGGACCCUGCAGACGAAACAGUUUUUGCCAAACUUAUGACUCGAAUUGAGAGUGUUGUAACCGCGGUUCCCAUUUUCUUCUCUGCUGCCUAUCAUCUUGUACGCUCUGUUUUUGUUCGUCAGGAUCGAUCAAUGUCACUGGACGACUACGACAACUUUGAAGGAAUGGAAGAUGCGGCGUUUCUAGAGGUAGAUGACAUUGAAACAUCUGAAUGAGUAAUGAAAAUGAAUAUCUAAUGGUUGGAGUAUUCCAAUAAUUAAUUGAUUACAUUGUACAGUCUACAGUUAAGACAGCUGUGUAUCUGGUGAGCAUAGUAAUUGGA